UCAAGGGAGGGGGCUCACCCAGGGCUCCUGUAGCUCAGGGGGCAGGCCUGAGCCCUGCGUCUGACCCACGAGCGUCCAGCCACCCAACGGGGCACCCGGUCCUGAGGGGAUCUGCACUGAUCCCCACCGAAGCAGGGGAUCUGACCAACUUGGAGCUCAGCUGGAUGUUACAGGCGUGCAAAAUGGAAGGGUUUCCCCUCGUCCCCCCUCCAUCGGAUGAACUGGUUACUUAUGAUUCUGAACUAUACUCACGCCAAACACAAGACUACUAUGCCUUUAUUGGCAGCGAUGGAGACAGCCAUAGCGAUCAUUACUGGGAUUUCCCCACACACCAUGUACACAGCGAGUUCGAGAGCUUCCCUGAGAAUCACUUCACGGAGCUGCAGAGCGUGCAGGCCCCGCAGCUGCAGCAGCUCUACCGUCACAUGGAGCUGGAGCAGAUGCACGUCCUCGAUACCCCCAUGGCACCACCCCACGCCAGCCUCAGCCACCAGGUUUCCUACGUGCCCCGGAUGUGCUUCCCUUACCAGUCCUUGUCCCCAGCCCGCCAGCAGAGCUCAGAUGAGGAGGAGGGUGAGAGGCAGAGCCCCCCAUUGGAGGUGUCCGAUGGGGAGGCUGAUGGCUUGGAACCUGGGCCAGGUCUUCUGCAUGGGGAGACAGGCAGCAAGAAGAAGAUUCGCCUGUACCAGUUCCUGCUCGACCUGCUGCGCAGCGGCGACAUGAAGGACAGCAUCUGGUGGGUGGACAAGGACAAGGGCACCUUCCAGUUCUCAUCCAAGCACAAGGAGGCGCUGGCGCACCGCUGGGGCAUCCAGAAGGGCAACCGCAAGAAGAUGACCUACCAGAAGAUGGCGCGCGCGCUGCGCAACUACGGCAAGACCGGCGAAGUAAAGAAAGUCAAGAAGAAGCUCACCUACCAGUUCAGCGGCGAGGUUCUGGGCCGCGGAGGCCUGGCCGAGCGGCGCCUCCCGCCGCACUGAUCGCCCGCAGAGCC